AUGGAUAUGAAGAUGUACAUCCGAUUUUAUGAGUGUAUUGAGCACUUACUUUUUAAAGAAUUGCAUAUUGAAAAAUGGGCACACCUGGUAGGAGCUGUGCUGGUACUUUUUGUUUUUGCUAUAAUACUUGAAUUAUUGAAGACUCUGAGUCUGUAUAUUCAAAGUAAAGCUACAGCAAACCCUCUGCUGGAAGGAAACGAGAAUAAUUCUGUUAAUGACACAGCAGCAUUACUUGUCCCGCUGAGGAUUCCUCCAACGGUGGAACACAUUAAAAAAAGACGAUUGAAGCUUCAUGUCGGUAAUUCCAUGGUGUACUUGUUGGACAUAAUAAUUGGAUACUUCUUAAUGUUAUCAGUAAUGACAUACAAUGGAUAUUUACUGUUAGCAGUUGUAUUGGGUUCGGGAGUUGGUUAUUUCUUGUUCGGUGUGCAACGAGAAAAGUUGAUCUCAAAGAAAUCAGUGCCAUUAACCAAUCAUGAAGAAGAGGUCACGGAAUCUCAGCGAUCAACUCAACCCCUUUCUUCAACAGCACAUGGUUUUGGACCGGUUGAUGUUUGAAUCAUCUAUGCAUCAAAUGAAUGACCUGUGUGUUAAAAAAAAUGGCAGCUUUAACGAAAGUUCUCCAGUGCAAAAAAAAACAAUUACCGUGACAUUUGCAUAACAAUAAAUUUGUCUCAACAUGGGAUAAGAAGAUGGCUGAUUUUGAGUGUAGUUAGCAAUAUAGAUUUUAUUUACAACUUCGUAACAUUUUUUUAUCACUUUUUCAUAAUAUUCAGUUUCUUUUUAAAUCAGGAUUUUGAUAUAAAAAUAUUUGUUUUUAAACUGGAACAGAAAAAUGGAAAGAAAAAAUAUUAUAGCACAAUAUUGCAUGUGAGGGCGCUAUAAUCAUGUCAGCAUUCCUUGUUAGCGGCAGUAUAAUUAUGUCUGGAGGCAUAUCCUGUGAGGGCAGUGUAAUCAUGUUAGCAUACCCUGUGAGGGCAGUGUAAUUAUGUCUGGAGGCAUACCCUGUGAGGGCAGUAUAAUCAUGUUAGCAUACCAUGUAAGGGCAGUGUAUAUCCUCUAGAGCGGACAUCUGGGCAUUUUCACCGCCUGGCAACCCUCGCGGUGAAAACAAAGGCCAAAAACUCGCAGAAAACGGUACUCUGGGAUGAUUGUUGAGACUCCUCUGAACAGUUUAACAAGAUUAGCCCUGCGUGUGUAACAUAUAUAGAUUUGGUUGUUCAGGAUUAUUUCACAAGUUGAGUUUGUGUUGUUUUCUCGAAUUUUCAUCGGCUCGACCGGCGUUCCACAGCAGCGCGCACAGAGCCCAUAGAAAUGCAUGUACAGUGGUGCGCGUCUUAGCAACGUGGAACGUCUGGUGACGUAGCUCCGCCCCCGAGGAUAUGUCUGGAGGCAUACCCUGUGAGGGCAGUAUAAUCAUGUCUGGGCAGCAUACCCUGUGAGGGCAGUAUAAUCAUGUCUGAACCGCAUACCAACUAAGGAAUUAGAGACAAACAUUGACAUCAAUUACAAUAAUUGCAGCUGCAUAAUGUGGCAAUAAGUUUUGUGUUUGAGAUUUGUAUAAUGUAUUGCAAAUAGAAUAGCUUACAUGCAGUGAUACCGUAACUUAUUUAUCUUCUGCUUUGUAGAUAUUUUUAAGUGUCUUAUCAAUAAAAUAGAAGCUAAGCUGGCUAAUA